GUCUGUGGAACCUGCAGAAUUCGAAGACGCCCGGAGCGAAGGCGAAGCUACGCCGAAGCUGAGACGAAAAUGAGUAUCCUGUAGAGCUGAAGGUCAGCGUGACGUCACGGAGGGUGUAGUGAGCGUGCGCGCCGCGGGCAGCUCUCUCCAUCCAUCCGACGGCAAUGUGAGUCGCGGACUCGCGGUGGCACUCCAGUCACCAACAUCACUUUCCCCUCGACGGUGGCGAUAGCGUCGCCUCCACAUCGACGACUCGAAGUAUAACACGUAUUUAUUUAAAAACAAAAAAAGUCACGAACGAAGGGCAUCAGCAUUGAACCAAGACUGUUCUCAUUUUUGUAACCGAUAUCCUGUUAUCGCCAAAAGCACGCUCGGCCAUCUCUUGUCUCUCUCUCUCUCUCUCUCUGCCUCGCUCUCACUCUCUCUCCCUCUCUCCCCAACUAUAGCGCCAUCGUCGUCGUCUUCAGUGACUUCGAUUCGGACGCAAACGUUAUCAGCAGCGACUUUCAUCAUAUCGCCGGGCGCAAAGGUGUGUUUGUGUGUGUGUCACUCUCUCUCUCUCUCUUUCUUUCUCUUUCUCUCACUGCCUGCAGUUGUGACAGGUUCUCUCCCCCGUGCAGGAGAGUUGUUGUUCAGGUGGAGUGCCACAAAACUGUGCCACGAACGAGUGCCACGAGCAAAGGAAAGCAAAUGACGGGUGUUCUGUUAUAACCGGACGGAAUCCGCAUUCAGUUUCGUGGGAACUAACAUGAACAGACAGACUGACUGUCGUCCUGAUAUUGAAGUGAAUUAAGAGGUUUUUUUUUUGUGGAAACUUGAAUUUCAAACAGACAAUACUACAACGCUUCUGACGAUGGAUUUUGUAUUGCCCUGGGCGUGGUGGCCUUGCGCUGGACUGUGGCGCCAGGGAUAGUGACUGUGACCCAACCCCCCUCUCCGCGGGGUACCUACCUACGGCCGACUCGGGAGGCAGCUCGUUUCGUGUUUUUCUCCGUCAGCGGCGAUUCUCGAUGCACACCUCGUAAGAGGGAUUCCUUCCUUCCUUCCUUGUCCUUCCUUGGUCAACAGAGUCUAGAGAAAGAUGGCGGCGCAAGAUAUGGGAUUAGACAACAGCGAAUAUGUCACCGACUUCAUGCUCGACCCGCUGGACUGUGACAACAUCAUCGGCGGGGGCAUGAAGGAGCAUAAAGACAUCCACGGGAUGGGCGGCGUGGGCGUGGGGCGCAUGCCCUCGCACAUGAUGGCGCCCCACAUGGCGCCCAACAUGGCCACGGCGGCGGCCUGGAUGAAUCCCGCCCAUCACCACCAUCACCAGGCGACCACGACCUUGGGCGGCGUCGCAUCGUCGCAGGUCAAACCCCACACGCCCCCGGACACACCACCCACCAACGGGUCGCUUCCGCCCUCGCCCCAUUUCCAGGGCGUGCCCCAGCACACCAAUUUCAUCGACGAGAUGUGGCCUUACAACCGCUAUAUCCAGGGCGGGCCCCUGCCGCUGGACCUGCGGUCGGCCUCCCAGUGCAACGGCGAGCAGCUGGAAAUGGUGGAGCAGCAGUCCUGGAUCAUGGACCGCAAGUGGGACGGCAUGGCCGCCACCCAGCAGCGGCACGCCUCCAUCAACACGCUCGUGCCCCACGCCAAGGCGCCCCCGCCGACGGACCAGCAGACCUCCUGCCAGAUGAGCAUCCCCAACCUGCCCAACCACCUGUACAUCUCGGACGACGAGCUGGUGACGCUGUCGGUGCGGGAGCUGAACCGCCGCCUGCACAACAUGCCCAAGGAGUUCCAGACGAAGUUCAAGCAGAAGCGGCGGACGCUGAAGAACCGCGGCUACGCCCAGAGCUGCCGCACCAAACGCCAGACCUACAAGACGGAGCUCGAGCACCGCAACAAGGAGCUGGACCAGGAAGUGCAGCGCCUCAGACACCAGGUCCUCCACUACAGGACGGAGCUGGAGCAGCUCAAGAAGAGCGUCGAGAAGAUGUCCAACAGCAGCCGACAGCAAUCGACACACACACCGCAGCAGCAGCAGCAAUCGCUACAGCAACACGGCCAGGACAGCAACAAUACGAACCACCAAGAUCUCUAUUCCAUGUGACCAAGCCGGACGCCCCAGCAUCAUCACAGCCACCACAGUCAUCACAGCCAUCCAAAUCACCACAGUCAUCAUAGCCAUCAAAAUCAUCAUCAUCACCACAACACACUACAGUCGCCGCCACAGAAUGGUUACA